AUGGGCCGCGUUUAUAAAAAGAAGCUGGGGGCUCGACCUUAUAGAAAUUAUACAGAAGAGCUAUUGCUGCGGGCAGUUAAUGCGGUAAAGACAACGGGAAUUAGUUAUCAGGCGGCCGCGGAUUUAUAUGACAUUCCCAAACGAACAAUAUAUAAUAGGGCUAAAAAUAAGCACAAUAAACUAUUCGGGGGCCAGACAUCUUUAUCCGAGACUGAAGAACGUGAAAUAGUUGAUGUCUUACUAAUAUCUGCAGAAUUUGGCAGUCCGCUAACCUCUUUUGAUCUUCGAGUGAUUGUUAAACGUUAUUUAGAUCGUUUAGGAAGAACUAUCAUCAAAUUUCCAAAUAAUUUGCCCGGCAAAGACUGGUGUCUCAAUUUUCUCAGCAGACAUAAAAAUAGACUUUCUCAGAGAGCAUGCCAAAAUAUUAAAGGUGUACGCGCCCAAAAUACAGAACAACAAUUUUUGGAGUAUUUUGAAAAUCUUACCAAUAGUUUGAAUGGUAUCCCAAAAGAAAACAUUUUAAAUUACGACGAGACCAAUCUCUCGGACGAUCCCGGUUCGAAGAAAUGUAUUUUUCGCCGUGGAAUAAAAUACCCGGAACGACUGAUGAAUUCGACGAAGUCAUGUAUAUCUGUAAUGUUUGCAAUAACCGGCGGUGGAGAGGUCUUACCACCCUAUGUAGUUUAUAAGGCGGAAAGGCUAUAUGAUCAAUGGACUAUUGGUGGUCCUAAGAAGGCACGUUAUAACAGAUCAAAGUCAGGGUGGUUUGACGGAUUUACCUUCCAGGAUUGGUUCUACACUAUGGUACUUCCAUGGAGUAAAAGCAAAAAGGGAUCCAAGGCUAUAAUAGGGGAUAAUCUGUCAUCCCAUUUAGAUCACAACAUAAUAGUUGAAUGUCAGAGGAAUGACAUAAAAUUUGUGUUCCUACCGCCGAAUUCUACACAUCUUACCCAGCCAUUAGAUGUGGCAUACUACGGCCCGAUGAAACGGGUUUGGAGAGACAUUCUGCAGAAAUACAAACUAAAAAAUCCAAGAGAGACUAGCCUAAAUAAAGUGUCUUUUCCUCCUCUUUUAAAAUCCUUAGUAGAACGUCUUGAAAAUACUAAUAAAACAAACAUUGAAAGUGCAUUCAGAGCGACAGGAAUUAUACCACUUAACCCCCAUGAAGUACUUAAAAGACUGCCUGGUAGUAGAACGAAUGAACACAUCAUUGGUAAGACAGUGAAUGAAACUUUAAUUGCUUAUUUAGAGGAAAUUCGGGCUCCUACUGCAGGAACUUCAAAUGAAAGAAAGAGAAAAAAAAUGUUAAAAGUAACACCUGGAAAAUCAGUUUGUGCCGAUGAACUUUUCACAGAAACCAUUAACGUUAAUGAAGACCCCCAAGACUUUGAUGACCUUGAAAUUAUGAGAUGCGAGCACGAUAAUUCAAUAGAAGAAGCAAUAAUGUUAGAAGAGGACUACGUUGGCGUUGGUGGAAUGACAGAAGAGGACAAUAUUGAAAACAUCUUAAAAAACAUUCCAAAAAUAGGUGACUAUGUGGUCGUGAAAUUCUUAACAAAGAAAACCGUUAAACACUACUUGGCAGAAGUUAUUAAUGUAGAUCGCCCAGAACUCUAA